AUGCUGCACGCGACCGCCAUCAUCGCCUUCGCAUCGUCGAAGUUGGUGGGGGUGUCGGCGCCAUGUUUAUGCGCCUGCUACGUCGCGGUAAGAUCUUUGCUGGUCAUGAGGCCGUCGAAUACACCAUAG